GACACGGCAGAGAAGCGAGCCAUUGUCCCUGUGCAGUGUCAGCCCCGCGGGCACCACCCGCCGCCGGGGCCCCGGCUGGUACCGGCUGCCGGGUGGGCACAGAGGUUGUGCCAUGGCCGGACUGCUCCGGCCAGCAGUAGCCGUUGUCCUCUUCUGCUUUGCCGUGUGUCUGGAGGCCAGCCCGGAGCUGUCCGGGUACCUGCGCAAGGUGCUGAGGAACCACACUGCCCACACCUGCGAUGGAGAGCAGCUCCUCAUCGUCUGCCCUCGCAAAACCACCAUCAGCAUCCUCGGGGCCUUCUAUGGGCGUCGAGUGCCCAGCACCCACCUCUGCCCCAGCCCCGACAAUGCCUCCCAGGAGAGCACUGAAUGCAUGUCUGCCACUGCCCACCUGAAGCUUCUGGCUGAGUGCCAGGAUCAGCAGUGGUGCCAGUUCUCAGUGCACAGCCAGGUCUUCGGGCCAGACCCAUGCCCUGGGACACGCAAGUAUCUCAUCGCCUCCUACAAGUGCCGGCCAGGGAACCAUCGGGUCAAGACCGUGUGCGAGAAUGACAAGCUCAGGCUGCAGUGUCGACCAAAAUCCAUCCUGGCCAUUUAUUCUGCAAGUUAUGGACGAUUCCUGCAGGGCAAAGCAGAGUGUGAUGCAUUGAACACUGGAGGACCCCAUAUAGAGUGUGUGGCUCCGGACGCUCUGCGCAGGGUCUCCAAGAAGUGCCACCACAAGGGGAAUUGCACCGUGGCUGCUGACAAGAGCACCUUCGGAGACCCGUGCCUCCCUGGCAUGAAGAAGCAGUUGCGAGUUUCUUACACCUGUGUGCCCAAGCAGCUGCUGGUGGAGGUGGGCCCUGACACCUCAGACCCCUUCCUGCUCUCGGACUACAUGCACGGUGGCUGGUACAAAGGGCCCAGGUUCUCCAGGCUCCAGGAAGACCGCAUGAUUUUUACUAGCUCUCUGGCAGCUUUUGCCCACCUUUGGGGUAUGUGCCCUUCCUGGGUCUCACACAGCACCCAGGGAAACAGGACAGGCUGGGGGACGGCUGACCUCCUGGAUGGCCUCAGCUCAACCCAGGGCUCACCUCAGAGGCAGCCAGAUCCCAAACCUCUCCAGCAGGGCCAACAGGUGUCCCAGAGAAAGUUGCCCUCUACUUUCUUUGUGGAGUCUCAGGAGGCCUCAUGCUGCUGCUGUGCAUCAUCAGCCCCAAAAGGAUCUUCCUCCAGGAGGUAGGGGAGGCUCUCAAAGACCCAGACCUGGGGAGCAGCUUGAAGCUGGGCAGGACCAAGCUGCGGCACGAGCAGGAUGAAGACGUCCCUGAUGACAGCUCCUCAGACUCCUCCUUCCGCCGCCUCACCAACACCUACCGGGCCACUGACAGCAUCUUCGGCCCUGAGCUGACAGCAGCUAUGGAGGGAGCAGUGGAGCACCAGGGCCACAGUGGGGAGGAGAUCUGGAUGCCCAAGGAGUCAAGCCCGUAUGCCAUACACAAGAUCAAAUCGGCCACCAAAUAAGAACUGGAAGAAAAUGGCACGGAGAGCAGAGGGGCGCAGGCUCAGUGGGAUCUGACGUUAGAGAGACGUAAAAGUUUGGGCUCCUGGGGGCGACUGGACAUCCCAAGCAGCAGCAGGGUCAUGGCAGCUCCAGUGUGUCCAUCAAAAAUCAACCCACCAACAUGGAAACCUCCAACUCGGGGGUGACAUGCAGUCCUGUGGUGUGAUGAGGGGCUGUGUAAUGGUUCUGUGGGCCACAGGCUCCUUUGCCACAGACACCACUAACCCUAACCUAACAUCCCGAGUCUCAGCUUGCAUCAUCUGGCUCUAGAAUUUAACCCUGAUCAGCUGUGCCAAGCCCACCCUGGGCCCUUUGAGGCUGUUUGCUCCUAUUUCUCCUUGGGUCCUGGCUUACACUCCUGGUGCUGCAAACACACCCUGCACUCGGGCACUGUGCCAGUGGCAGAGAGUCAGGAAUGGCCAGGACACUGGGAGAGGCAGGUGGAGUGGGAAGCACAGCAGGCAUCACCAGCACAGCCCCAUCACGUGUAUGCCAUGCAGCCCUGCUGUGCCAAGGGAGCUACUCCCCAGGCUGGGGCCGCUGGCAGCUCAGCACAACACUGGCUCCCACCUCCCUGCAGGUAUUCAGGAGCUCUGUCACCCCAUGUUGCUCUGUGCUUUCCUCUCUACUUUCCCCUGUGGCAGGAGAGCCCCAAGUUAUAACUUGCUGUGGUUUUUUUUCCAGUGAAUAAAUGCAACAGCUCUUAGGCACAA